CACUGAGCCCCGCUGCCUGCAGGGAACGCUUUAUAAAGAGCUAAAUUUACCCAACUUUACGUUGUUUCCUGAGCUCUCACAAUUGGACGGGCGCACUCGGGUGAGAGACUUAUAAAGUUCGGAGGACCUCCUUCCACUUUUACACUCGUUCAUGUCUCCGGAGCGCGGCUGCGGAGAGCGACAGUGAAAUAAGGCGCACGGAAUCUGAAAACGACUUUGACCUGAGAGAUUUAGUUAUUAUUUCAACAAAACGAUGGCCUUAUCCGGGGUGAUGCUGCCGUCAUUUUCGACAUUCUCGAACCAGAGAGAGAAAACGUGGGAAAACAGAUGGAAAGGAGACACGGACAAGCUAGUCUCCGCCAGCUGCUCCAUGCUUGAAAUGGUACAAAACUUGGACACUCACAGCAAAAGAGACGACGAGGAUCUGAGCAAUUACUUGGAUCUGGAUUUUAUUCUCGCCAACACGACCGGCUCAGACAGCCCGGGGGAGUUUGCGGGCACAGCCGACUUCAGCAUGUACACCGCGGGGACCUCGGCUCCAUCCUACGCGGCGGAGGACCACCGCUCCCCGCCGCCGCCGUACGGCGCCAGCCUCAUGACGGAGCUGCUGCGCUCCGAAGGAAACAACAGCUAUGGCAUUACGCGCAACCCCUGCGUCCAGGGGAGGUUUUACGUCAACGCGGCGCAUUUUCCCCGCCAGGACAUCAAAGUGGAGCCCCCCAUGGACGGCUACGGCCCCGUUUUGGGCAUGGUGCCACAGAGCUGCAGCAAAAUCAAGCAAGAAGGCAACGUUUCGUGCAUGAUGUCCUUCGAGCAGCCGCGAGUGGCCAUCUCUCCGCGGGCGGUCAGCAACAUGACCCCUCCCCUCAGCCCCGAGGACCAGGGCGUUUCGGACUGCCAGGCACAGCUGUGCCAGCCCAUGAACUACUCACAGAAGUAUCACACUCCGGCUGCAUUCCCUCACCACCCUCAGGUUCCCCACAUGCAAAUGCCCUACCACGCUCCGCACACCGCCUUCGGCAUGUACGACGAAGGGCUCAACCUGCAGCCGGGCGCGCAGAGGGUGAUGCUCACACCGCCCUCCUCUCCCCUCGAGCUGCUGGACACCAAACCCAAGAGAGGACGACGGACGUGGCCGCGCAAGCGCACGGCGUCGCACACCUGCAGCUACGCGGGCUGCGGGAAAACCUACACCAAGAGCUCGCACCUGAAGGCGCAUCUCCGAACUCACACCGGUGAGAAGCCGUACCACUGCAGCUGGGAAGGCUGUGGGUGGAAAUUCGCCCGCUCCGAUGAGCUGACCCGUCAUUUCCGCAAACACACCGGUCACAGGCCCUUCCAGUGUCACCUGUGCGAACGCGCCUUCUCCAGGUCUGACCACCUGGCCCUUCACAUGAAGAGACACAUGUGAAGGUGCUCACAUCAGGACUUGGUGGAGGGGGAGGAGGGGUUGUGUUAUUUUCGUAUCUAUUGUGAUUUUUUUUUCUUAAUUUAAAUUGCUGUCCAAAUGACCAAAGCCUUUUUUUUAUAUGUAAUAUUGAAUGGAAAAGUUUUGGUGCUUUUAUAUUCUAAUAAUGUAGCUGGUACUACUUUGGUUCAAUACAAGCUUUAGAAAAGCUUUGUUUGCUUUAGAACAAGGAGACCAAGAAGGGGCUGGCCCUGUAUAUAUAUAUAUACAACUCUUCUUUGACAGAUCGGGAACGCUGUGUUUGACACAAAAGUGCCUUUCUACGACUGCGCUACUGUAAAACUUGUAGUGAUAGAACGACAUGGCCAACAAAACAGUACAUGUUCUUAAGGACAGGGGUGAAAUGCACAUGGUUGAUUAACAUGUGCAGGGACAAUGUUUUAUUUAAACUGCCUCAAUGUCUGAAUGGCCUGAACUGCUUUAUUUUAUUGAUCAUUCCUAUUUGGAGUUGCUUUUGUCUUCUCUCGUGUGAAACUCCUGGAUCCAGUCCCUCUGUUCGCUAUCAGGGCUUGAUGCCCUGUGCAUUAUUUUUCACUUAAAUUUAUAUAAAUAUGUACAUGGUUUUUAUACUGUAAAAUGUAUAUUUAUUGUAAAUAUUAAAAAAAACAAUGAAAUUGAA